AUAUACACACACGUUUUGAUAUUAUUGAGAAGUCACGAAUGAGAAAUACUAUUUAUUUCUUUAAAAGUUUAUCAAGUAUUUGUUCGUCAAACAUGAUAGGGCAGAAGAAGAUAUCAGCUUUCUUUUCUCCUUCCAUUCGUGGAUCUAAAAGACCAUUAUCAAGCUUAGAAAAUGAAAACAAUCAGAACAGCCCUCCAAAGGUUCCAUCAUCAGAGACAUCAACCUUGACAGCAGAACAAAUAAGUGCCAUAGAGAAGAAAAAGAAGGAAGCCAUCGCCAAACGUCAAAAGAGAAUGUCAGGUGACUCGGAGUUCAUGGGAGAAACCUGGGAGAAGGCGCUCGCAUCAGAAUUCACCAAGCCAUACUUCCUCAAUUUGAAAAAGUUUGUUGAACAAGAAAGAAAAAGCCAAAAAAUCUUCCCACCAGCAGAUCAAGUGUAUUCCUGGACUCAAAUGUGCGAUAUAAGAGAAGUAAAAGUUGUGAUCCUUGGGCAGGACCCAUACCACAAUGAUGGCCAAGCCCAUGGUUUAUGUUUUAGUGUUCCUCAUGGAAUUGCUCCUCCACCAAGCCUAAUUAACAUGUACAAAGAGCUGCAAAACGAUAUAGAAGGAUUUGAACGGCCGGCGCAUGGCAACUUGACUGGAUGGGCAAAACAAGGUGUGCUUUUACUUAAUGCCGUUCUCACUGUCCGUGCCCACACGCCCAAUUCCCAUAAGGAUAAAGGGUGGGAGACGUUUACAGAUGCGGUUAUUAGUUGGAUCAACAACAACUUAGACGACGUGGUGUUCAUGCUCUGGGGCGCCUAUGCCCAGAAGAAGGGCAAGGUGAUAAAUAAGAAACGACACAAGGUGUUGACAAGUGUGCAUCCAUCACCUUUAUCUGCUCAUCGAGGGUUCUUCGGGUGUAAACACUUCUCCCAGGCUAACAAACACCUUGAGAAAGUAAACCGGACCCCUAUUGACUGGAAGCAAUUGUAAGAUUAUGUAUAGCACCACCUACUGUUUACAAACAACAGUUAAUCACUAUGCAAAACAAAACCACCUCAACGCUACUGUAUAUGUCAGUUUAUCAGAUUUUGUCUUUUGAUUUGAGAAAAAACAAACCCACCAAAAUAUUCAAAACAAAUGCUGUCUGUCUGGUUGUUUAUAGCUAAGUAUAUUUUAGUCAUGUAAAAAGUGUAAAAAAAGAACUUUUGAAAAUGCAGUUUGGAAUAAAAAAUAUCUAAAUUA